AUGCCGCUCCGCACCGCUUCUCAUAGUCUGACCCGCAAAGCAACGAAAGAUGGGAGGAAAAGAACAUUGUCAACAAUCUCGAAUACAACUCAACCGACGCAGGCUGGACCUGCUGGAAAUUCCAAACCAAAUGAGAAAGGAUCCAAUGGUCCAAACAAGGCUCUGAAGUCGCAGGCGACAACGGAACCACCUGCAAAUACCAAACCCGUUGAACCGCCAAAGAAAGUCCCAGAUGUAUUUCAAUUCCUGGACAAUGAUGACGGUUCAUCUUCCGAGUCAUCAUCUGCAUCCGAAUCCGAAUCCGAGUCCGAAUCUUCUGAAGAGGAAUCGCCACCGCCAGUCGCGAAGCAAACAACCACAAAUAUACAAUCCCCAAAGCCGCGAACUAGUAAUGCAUCGAAAACGCUGCUGGCAUCAGCCAACACACCUCCCAAGGCACCCGCUCCUCCAUCAACUAGAGCGUCUAGGAUUCCAAGUGACGCGCGACCGCUCCCCCCACCGGCGCCCCCGGCCCCUGUUCCAACAGAAAAUCAAUGGCAGUUAGCUCGCAAACAGGCGCCUUCUAAAUCGUCCAACGCAGGCUACUAUGACAACUCAGAGGCUGAGAAAUCUCCUCAACCUAGUCGACGUCAAUUACAAAUAUCGAAUCCCGAGAACUAUUAUACAUCGUCGAGAGACGUUCCAAAGAAGAGAAGGGGGGGAUUCCCGCCACUCUACCGACGUUUCGGGGCUGUGAAUCACCGUGUUCUCUUAUACCUCCAGGAUGAAAUUUCCCAAAUGGAAGAAGACCUUGAGGCACUCGAUGAGUACGAGGAGAUGCACCGAGUUGGAAAUGCGGAGAAGGAGGGCACCAAACCAAUGCCUCCAUCUCGGCGACUCGAUGUUCAGUCUCAGGCCUACUCAUCACUCCACUAUCGUCGCAUGGAAUUGAUGGCGGCUCUGACACAGAAGACAGAGCAAUACAACAACGCCCUCAGUGCGUACAGUAAAGUCCUGCAGACACUCCCACGUGCUUCUGAAGACGACAUCAAGAACUAUCGCAGCUGGAUGAAAGACCGCAACCCCAUCGCAGCAGCCGAAACCCGAUUCCUGGAUCAAGAUGCUGACUUGGUAUCCCUGAGUCCACGACUUGCGGCAUCAGCUGCAGCUGCCCCCGUCUACAUAUCCAUCUUCAUUGCAUCGGGUGCCCUUCUCCUACCUCUUCUCGCAUUCAGUAUGAUUGCAGAGUUCUCAGGUCGUCUCGUUGUCGUGACAGUUACCGGAGGCGCAGCCGCGGCCAUUGCAGCAAACUAUUCAUCAGGGAUUGAUGCCUUGGUGGAUUCCAGAGAUGGCUGGAGGUGUACAAUGCUCUACUUCGGCUUCAUGACCAUCGCCGCCAUGUUCAUACCUUAG